AUGUUGUCGCCUGCAUCUCAGCCCCCCUCCACCCUCUCCUCCCCUUUCCCCCUCACAGCGGCCGCGCGUGUGCGUGCUGGGAGGCGGCUUCGGCGGGCUAGACCACGCGUGUGUGUACUGGGAGGGGGAUUCGGCGGGCUGUACGCGGCGCUGAGGCUCGACUCGCUGCUGUGGAGCGACGAGCGCCGCCCGCAGGUGCUGCUGGUGGACCAAUCAGAGCGCUUCGUGUUCAAACCGCUGCUCUACGAGCUGCUCUCGCAAGACGUGACGGUGUGGGAGAUAGCACCCAAGUUCACAGACCUGCUCAGGAGCACCCAAGUGGCGUUCCUGCAGGACGGCGUGCAGGCAGUGCACGUGACCAAGGGCGGGGCUGCCUCUGCUGCUGCUGACGUGGCAGGAGAUACAGGUGGACGCGUGCGAUUGGCUUCUGGAAUGGAGGUGGAAUACGAUUGGCUGGUGUUGGCGUUGGGAGCGCAGACCAACAUGGCCUUCGCUCCAGGCGCCAAGGGGCGAGCUCUGCCCUUCAGCACUCUCGACGAUGCUCUGGCGGUGGAUCGCCGGCUGUUGCUGCUGGAGAAGCGAUGGCAGGCAGCCAAAGAAGCCGGGGAGGACCCAGCGCCCAUCCGAGUGGUGGUGGUGGGGGCGGGCUAUGCGGGGGUGGAGCUCGCAUGCACGGUGGGGGAGCGCCUGGGCAGCAAGGGUCGCAUUGAGAUUGUUGACCCUGCCCCCGUCGUGUGCCCCGCUGCUGCUCCCGGCAACAGACGCGCUGCAGAGCGGGCGCUCAAGGAGAGGGGAGUGCACCUUCGCCUGGGCACCAAGGUCACACGCAUGGCUGAUGCUGCCCACUCCUCUUCCUCAUCUUCCUCAUCCCCCUCCGCUUCCUCCUCCUCCUCACCCCCCUCCUCUUCCUCGUCCUCCUCCUCCUCCUCCUCCUCAGACCCAUCUCCCUUUGCCGUGCCAGCAGCCCGCCUCUUCCUCGAGUCAGCAUCACCUCGAGGCACAGAGAGAGAGAGAGAGAUGGAGGCUGAUAUUGUCCUCUGGACCGUUGGCAGCUCGCCUGUGCUCCCCACUGUGCAACCUUCCUCAGCUUCGUCAGAAUCAGAAGCAUCAGGAGCAGCAGGAGGGGAGGGGGCGGUGCAGUGGUUGAAGCGGACAGCGAGGGGGCAGGCGGAGGUGGAGGAGAGUCUGCGAGUGAAGGGGCUCACUAGGGUGUUUGCGCUCGGGGAUGCGGCUUGUGUGCCGGACGGCAAUGGGCGCCCACUGCCUGCCACAGCCCAGGUGGCAUUCCAGCAGGCGGACUACGUGGGGUGGAACAUCUGGGCGGCCAUCAACAACCGCCCCCUGCUGCCCUUCAGGUACCAGCAUUUGGGCGAGCUGGUGCUACUGGGGUCCAAGGACGCAGCAGCUUCGGUGGGAUUCAUUGAUGACUUCCUCAUUGAGGGGCGCGCAGCACACACAGCGCGCAAGCUAGCAUACCUGUACAGGUUGCCAACCAAUGAGCAUAGGGCACGUGUUGGGGUGAGCUGGCUGACACGUGCCAUUGUGGAUGGCAUCUCAGAGGCACAGAACCUUCUGGCAGCUGCCACCAAGGGUCAAGGGGACAAGAAAUGA